UUCAAAAGGAAAAGAUCCAGAAAAUCAAGUUGAAAAUGUCAACACUUCAAAGAGUUGUCGCAGCUACCACUAUCCGUCCUUUUUUCUUACUUUCUUUUUUCUUUCCUUAAUCAUUUAUACACUUUUUGGAGUGCUAUAGAAUUGAAAGGUAGAAAUUGAAUCAUGGGUACUUGAUUUUUUUUUUAAAGGGGAAAAUUAGUAUUUUAUUUAAAAUGAAAUAUUAAUCUUUAUCAUCUUACUUAAAAGGCAGAAAAACAGACAGAGAGACUAUCUCUUUAUAGAUGAAGAUCAGUUGCAGUGGGAGGAGUUGAAUCUUAUAAGACUGGAAAAACAAACAACAUCAAAUGGGUUGUACCUUAUAAUGAAACUCUUUUAAGAUCAUUCAAAUGCCACUGCAACAUUGAAAUUGUUGCCUCAGUGAGGUCAGUUAAGUAUGUCAUCAGGUACACACUGAAAGGAAAUGACCAGCUGCUGUUCAAAUAAACAGUGAUAAUGAAAUUAGGCAAUACCUAAUGAAUUGGUAUUGUUACGAAACCUGCCGUCGCUCAAACUCGAACCCAGGACCCUACUAAGUCGAGCGAUGACGAUUGACCAGCUCAGUCGAACGGGAAUCCACCACAGAGAGAGAAAACGGUGUUGGGGGAUGGCAGCGAACUCGAACCGGCGACCGGAGAUAACAACAACAACAGGAGGAAGAGAUAGAGAGACGGCGGAAGGCAAUUUGCUUACAUUUAAGAACAGUUUAUACGACUAUUACAACAUCAAAUACAAUGUGAAACAUAGCAGAUAUAUUAAAGAAAAUAACAUGCAACAGAAUUAAAAAGAAAAAAACAACAAUGCAUUUAAACAUAACACGUCGUUCGAAAACAAUCAAAGGCAUGCACGAUACAGAACGUCCGAAGCAAUCAAAACAAAUGUUCAGUACAAUACAGUUCGAAUCAAUGUUCUACAUUAAAGUCUUUCUCUUUCUUUCUUUUUCACUUUAACACAGUUCUUUCUUUUUUUAACAAUUCUUUUCUUCCUCUUCAACAACUCUUUUCACAAUGUUCUUUUUUUUUGCAACACAGUUCACAAUUUACAUAAACAAACAUACCGUUACGAACUCCUACUACAAUAGCCGUGCCUUUCCGCCGUUUUCUCUCUCUUUCGCUCUACAUGUCCCCAAUGCUAUCUGCCUGUCUUUCUCUACUUCUUGCUUGUCAUCUCUCACAUUCACUGUCUGUCUUUCUCAUCGUUGUCGUUGCCUCUUGCCAUCGCCACCUUCUUGGCUGCUGUCUUUUGCCAACUGACUGUCUCUUCCGGCCCUUUUGCUGUCUCAGGCAGAACUGCCCAACAAACCCCAGCGCGUAGCAUUUUAAAGGGUGGUUUCUUAAACUUUCCCUGACCGGAAAAGGGUCAGAGGUCUCUUCCAAACCCAUUAAUCUCCCCAGAAAAUAACAGAACAAAGCGCAAUAAUUUUUUUUCCAGACUCUCCGACUACAAACCAACGAAAACUGGGUCAUAGAACUGCGCAUCGACAUCUUCAACUUGGAGUGGUUCUGACCCAAUGGGUCAUGGCGGAUACAUCUAGUAUCUUUUUUAAACUGUUCUUGUUAUAGAACAUUCUUAUUUUGAAAUUGGAGAUUUCACAGUUCAUACAGACACUUACCGAUGACUUGCAUACAGUGUUUUUGAAAUUACUGACACUUCUACAUUGAAGAAACUUUUUAUAAAAAAAAACACUUUCUUUUGGAAGCAGGAUGCAACAAGAUCCAGUUCUAAGACCAUUUCAUUGUGAAAUUUGUGGUAAAAAUUUCACAUUGAAAAGGGAUUUAAGAAUGCAUUUAAAAACCCAUGUUGUAAAGAAAGCUUUUAGCUGUGAGCUUUGUGGGAAACGUUUUGCUUUAAAUUCUUAUCUGAGGAAACAUAUAAGAACCCAUGCUGGGGAGAAACCUUUCCAGUGUGAGUUAUGUAGGAAAGAAUUCUCCCGAAACUCUUUAUUAAGCCGACACAUACGGACACAUACUGGAGAAAGACCAUUUCACUGUGAUAUUUGUGGUAAAGAUUUUGUUGAUAAUUCAACUUUAAAGAGGCACAUAAGGAUUCAUACUGGUGAGAAACCUUUCCAUUGUGAAAUAUGUGAAAGAGAAUUUGCCCGGAAUUCUCAUCUUAGAGAACAUAUUAAAACACACACAGGAGAAAAACCAUAUCAUUGUGAAAUAUGCGGCAAAGACUUUUCUCAGAAUUCCUAUCUGAAGGAACACAUCAAAAUCCAUACUGGUGAGAAACCUUUCCAGUGUGAAAUUUGUGGAAAGGAUUUUUCUCGGAAUUCCCAUUUAAAAGAACACAUCAAAAUACAUACUGGAGAAAAGCCUUUUCACUGUGAAAUCUGUGGGAAAGAUUUUUCUCAAAAUUCCCAUCUAAAAGAACAUAUAAAAACUCAUCUGAAUGAUAAACCAUAUCACUGUGAAAUGUGUGGGAAUUCCCUGUUAUGUUAUUAUAUGAGAACACAUAUAGAAAGAAGUUCAAUGAUAAAAAUCUAAUACUGCAAUA